AUGUCAAGGAUCUUGGAUCACAGAAUUCUGCUAUUAGUAGUUUCAUUUUUAACAAGUCUGCAGAGUUCAAAGGUACUUUCAGAAUGGAAGAAGUGUGGUGAUCGGGAAUGUGAGACGGCGAUGAGCAGAGUUCAAGCCACUGCAGACUACUUAGGGCCUGAUUGCCGGUAUCUGAACUUCAAAGCAGGGGAAGAGAUUAUGGUAUACUCCAAACUUUCAAGGAAAAAUGAAAAUUUGUGGACAGGAAGUAAAGGAAAGGAUUUUGGAUAUUUCCCAAAAGAUGCCGUGAAGGUUGAGGAAGUUUUUAUUGCAGAGGAAGUUGAAGUGCUCACUAAGGAAGCUGAUUUCCUUUGUCUUCAUGGAGAUAAGUAUGCUUUUGAAAAUGAAGAUAGCACAUUACACGAUCGCUACAAAGAAAGUGAAUAUUCAUCAUCUGAUGCAGAAGCGGAGCUACAUGAAAAUGAACUCUUAAAGCAUACAGGAGACUCCAUGCAAAAGGAAGAAAGAGUUGAAUCAGUUGCUGAACAUGAAUCCAGGGAAUCUCACACUCAGGAGGAGUCUGCAAGCAAAGAGUUGGUUAGAAAAAAUGAGAACAGAAAAGAUGAUUCUGAAGAGCCACAAAUGCAAAAUAGUCUCCCACUGGAACCCAUUCCAACUCAGUCUAGUUGGAUGGCAGGAUGGUUCACCACAGGAACUAAAAACGAUGAAGAGCCCUUAAAAGAAGACGUUACUGAAUCUUUAGAAGAAAAUACAUACCGAGGCAGAAAAAUAGUGGUAACUGCUGAAAAUUACUUACAGGAGCCAAAUGCUAAGGAGGAAGACGAACCCCCAGCAUCUGGUUGGUUUCAAGGUGGAUUUACUGACUUUCUGUAUUUUGGUGAAGAGAAUGUGGAUAUUGGUUCGGCAUCAGAAAAAAAUGAUCAACAAAUCCAUGAUGUUUCUGGUGUACCUGGACAUUCCAAGAAUGAACAGGAAACAGCAGUCACAGAGUUACUGACAGAAGAAGACAAGAGUGAAAGCCAAGAAACCAAAUCAAAUUGGUUUAAUUUGGGUUUAAGUAAUGUUCUUAAUUUUGGCCAUGCUGGGAAAGAUACAAUUGCUAUGGAAGAUCAGCAAAGCAGAGAAACAGAGGAUGAAGCAAAUAAGAAUGAAGAAGUGCAGACUUUAGACCAGAAAGAAUCACACAUGGACAUAGACUCAAAGGAGGCAGAUAAAGCAGUGACAGAUGAAGAAGAUGAAGAGAUUUAUGUAAAAGAAAUAAUAGAUUCAAACAGUAACAGGCCAGAUCCUGGGGAGAUACCAGCAAGUGUGCGUACCCUUAAUGACACCAAAAGCGCCUCAAAUAGCACACAAUCAUCUUUUGAUAUACUAAGAGGUGACAAAGAGAAGCCAAUUGGACCUUACAGUUUAGACCAGGACUUGGUAUCAGAAAGCCAACUGCUGAAGAACACUGAAGCUGAAAAGAGAAAUCAGGAGUCAGAAAGCAAACAUGGACAGUCAGGUUGGUAUACAAAUAUCUAUAAGUUUAUUAAUUAUAAUAUGGACAUGUAUGAUUAUCAACAGGGACAUGAAUCAGUUGCAUCAGAUCAGAUUUCUUCUCCUCCUAGCCUACCUCAGAACUGUGAUCCCUCAGACACAAAAAAUGCAGAAGAAAAGCCUGACAUAGCUGAAGAGCAGAGCCAUUUCUUCUCUUUCAGUCAUUUUGCAGACAUACUGAAGUUUCGGAGUUCAGCAGCCAAAGAAGAGCAAGUGCAGGCUUUGCAAGAUUAUGAAUUACCAAGUUACGGGGAACUACCAGGAACUGCAGACAAUCAUCUGGGCAUCAAGAAGACUCCAUGUGACAGUGAGCCGAGUCUUUCUCUGGAAACAUCUGAGAAAGGCAAACCAGAGGAAUGCUGUGAUACAGAACAAAAUUUGGCAUUGAAAAGACAGUUCAAAAUGGAUGGUGACGCAAAAAAGAAAAUUCACAAACCAGAGAAUAAAAAUGACCCACUGUUUGUUUAUGAAAACAUCAAAUAUUUCAGUCAGCUUAUUUUUAAUGAUGAACAGGAUCAGAAAUCUGAGGAGUCCCAAGAAUUUACUCCAGAUCAAACUUUCUCUCCUCAUCCCUCAUCUAGUGGCUUCAGUUUCACAGGUACCACAACUUCAGAAGAAACUGGCCUCUUGGAAGACAUAUGGAGUUUCAGAAUGGAAGGAGUAGGCAGUAGAAGAAAGCUACUACAAAAAACAUCAGAAAAGGAACAUGAAAUGAAUGCAGCUGUAGACAGUGAACACGACAGUGACCAGCAUUCAAAAGCAAUAGCAAUUCCUUCAGUAAAUUCUGAAGAAAACAUGGACAGUUCAGUAGCUGACUCUCCAUUUGAUGUCAAAAAGCCUUUCUCAGAUGCUAUCCAGAACUACGUUCCAAGUAAUGAAGGAAGCUGGAUACAUCAGAUACUUCUGUGCUUGAAUGCUCUUGAGAUCGAGAAAUUGAUAAAAUCUGUAUUUUCAGCAGGGAUGAAUAUUAUCAAAAAG